AUGAAGGAGGUGCCUCGUCGCCCCGGCAACCGAGUCGCGCUCUGCGCGGAGUUAGCGCUUCUUUCCCUCAACGCUAUAGAGCUGGCGGCCCAGGAGGAACCGCAGAGUCAAGAAAAUAUCUGCAACACACCUCUGUCGACUGCUGAAGUGUAUAAGAUAAACUUUAUAUUUCCAAAUGGAGACAAGUAUGAUGGUGACUGUACAAGAACAUCUUCUGGAAUCUUUGAGAGAAAUGGAAUAGGUAUUCAUACCACUCCUAAUGGGAUUGUCUACACAGGAAGCUGGAAAGAUGACAAGAUGAAUGGUUUUGGAAGGCUUGAGCAUUUUUCGGGAGCAGUGUAUGAAGGACACUUUAAGGACAAUAUGUUUCAUGGAUUGGGGACUUAUACAUUCCCAAAUGGGGCAAAGUAUACUGGAAACUUCAAUGAAAAUAGGGUGGAAGGUGAAGGACAAUAUACUGAUACCCAAGGACUAGAAUGGUGUGGUAACUUUCAUUUCACUGCUGCUCCAGGCCUGAGACUAAAGCUCCACAUGUAG